CUUCCUCUCCCUCUCUUUUAGGGGUGAUCUUCCCCUACCACCCUCGCUUGGGGCGCUACAUGCUGAAUUUCCGUGAAGCCCAGAAGGCCUGCCUUGAGCAAGAUGGCAUCCUGGCCUCCUACGACCAGUUGCACGAAGCCUGGCUGGAUGGACUGGAUUGGUGCAACGCUGGGUGGCUGGAAGAUGGCUCUGUCCAGUAUCCCAUCUCCAAGGCUCGCGAUGAAUGUGGACGAAAAGAUACCCCAGUUGGAGUGAGGAACUAUGGCUACCGGCACAAGGACCGCGAGCGUUAUGAUGCCUUCUGCUUUACUUCAAAUCUGAACGGCAAAGUCUUCUUCCUCAAAACCUACCGCAAACUCAGCUUCCCCGAAGCCGUCUUGGCCUGCAAGCAAAACGGAGCCACGGUGGCCAAAGUGGGCCAACUCUACGCCGCCUGGAAGAUCCAGCUUUUGGACAAAUGCGAGGCCGGCUGGGUUGGGGAUGGAAGCGUCCGCUACCCCAUCGUCAACCCCAGGUCUCGCUGUGGGGGCCGGGAACCCGGUGUUCGCAACCUGGGCUUCCCCGACAAGAAAUACAAACUCUUUGGGGUCUAUUGCUUCAAAGAGGCGGGCGGGGUGAAGCCCUCCCCAAAGGACAAAGAUGCUCCGGGAAGAUGGAAAGCGUUCCAC